AUGCGAUACACGGUAGACCAACCAAUAAAACCGUCCUUAUUCAUAGCACUAGAAGAAUCUUUGCUUCAUGAAAAUGAGUAUUCUGCAGAAGAGAAUAACAACAUGUUUGAUCACCAGCUUCUUUUUAACUUGAUCAACGAGACACUCUUUCAAAUAUAUGAAAAAUCGCCAACAUACUUUCCGAGACCUUUCACUUUCAACCAUUGGCUCAAACCAAUGCCAAAAGGAAAUUACAUUGUUAAAGAAGUAUGGGAUAAUGUCAGUUCAUAUUUGAGUUUGAGACCAGAGUUAGACCAGACAUUAGAGGAUGUCGUUGGUCGUGAUUUAAUGAAAAGAAGUGGUGGAUGGAUGAAUCUUCAACAGGAAGAGGAGUGUGUAGCACUGGAUUUGGAGGAAAUGAUCAUAGAUGAUUUAUUAGAAGUAAUUAUCUUCUCUUAG